AUGGCUACUUCGGAGCUAUCCAUAAACUUAUUCAUGCUCUAUUUUCUCAGCAUUUUCUCCAUCAUUGCUUCUCUUGCAUCCUCCUCUUCCUCCACCAAUACCAUUUGCAACCUUACACCUUAUCCAACAUUUUGCAAAUCCAAUUCACCACCUAAAGGCCAAGGCGACAUACACCAAUAUGGCCGGUUCUUCGCAGCCAAAUCCUUGUCAUCAUCAAAGAAGUUUCUCUCGUUAGUCUCCAAAUACCUUAAAUCUCCUUCAAAAUUCUCAAAUUCCACGAUGCUUGCCCUUCAAGAUUGUAACCUCUUAGGUGAUCUGAAUAAAGAUUUUUUGUCUAAGACUCUAAAAAGCAUCAAUUCUACUAACAGCCUCAGCAUCUCAGAGGCCGAAAAUUUGCACACUUUCCUUAGUGCUACGUUAACCAACCUUGAAACAUGCUUAAACAGCCUUCAAGAAACCACAUCAAGCCCUGACCAUGACAUACUAACCCAUCUUUCAAAUGGAACCAUGUUUUAUAGUAUAUCUCUUGCGAUCUUCAAGCGGGGUUGGAAAGCCAAUGUAAACAAAGAGAGAAAACUAGUGGAAAGAAAUAACCACAUGGGGGAACAAAGAUUGUACGAGGUUAUUAGAAUACAAGGAAGAAAGUUGCUUCAGUUCGGUGCUGACAAUGUUGUUGUGAACCAAACUGUGGUGGUGAAUCCAGAUGGUUCUGGAAACUACACUACCAUCAAUGAUGCAGUGGCUGCAGCCCCUAAUAACACUGCGGGUUUCAAUGGGUUUUUCGUGAUUCGCGUGGUGGGUGGAGUUUAUGAAGAGUGUGUUUCUAUUCCCAAAAACAAGCAGUACCUGAUGAUGGUAGGAGAUGGAAUUAACCAAACCAUAAUCACGGGUAAUCGCAGCGUGGCUGAUGGUUGGACUACUUUCAAUUCUGCCACAUUUGCCGUUGUUGCUCAAAGUUUUGUGGCAAUAAACAUAACAUUUCGCAACACAGCUGGAGCAAUCAAUCACCAAGCAGUGGCUCUUCGAAGCGGGGCAGACAUGUCUGCAUUUUAUAAUUGUAGCUUUGAAGGGUACCAAGACACCUUAUACACCCAUUCUCUGAGGCAAUUUUAUAGGAACUGUGACAUUUAUGGCACAGUGGACUUCAUAUUUGGUAACGCACAAGUUGUCUUUCAAGACUGUAAUAUCUAUCCAAGACUCCCACUUGAAGGUCAAUUCAAUGCCAUUACCGCACAGGGCAGAACUGAUAUCAACCAAAACACUGGCACUUCCAUACACAAUUGUACCAUAACCGCAGCCAGUGAUUUAGCCACUAGUAAUGGCACAACAAAAACGUACCUAGGCAGGCCUUGGAAGCAAUAUUCUCGAACUAUUUAUAUGCAAUCUUUCAUGGAUAGUUUAAUUGAUCCUGCGGGUUGGGUAGCUUGGUCUGGGGACUUUGCUUUGGACACCCUUUAUUAUGCGGAAUUUGAUAAUCAGGGACCUGGAUCUAACACUAGUAACAGGGUUACUUGGCUUGGCUACCAUGUUAUCAAUGCCACGGAUGCUGUCAAUUUCACAGUUGCUAAUUUCAUAUUAGGUGAUGUUUGGCUGCCUGCCACUGGAGUACCUUUCUAUGCGGAUUUGCUUUGA